UAUGCAUAUAGUUAUUGUAAAUUUGUUGUUGUGUAAAUUCAGACAAAUCAAUUGCACACCCACACACAAGCGACAGCGAGCGGUGGGAGAUGGAACGCCUUUCGAUAUCAGCACUGGGCAUGGCCAUUGUGCUGCAUUCGGUGCUGGGCAUCUCUUAUUAUUCGCUGCUGGCGCGCGAUGCGGCGGCUCCGCUGCUGGGCAGCUGGCUGUUCAUCGCCUGCAUUGGGGCGCUGCUGCAGGCGGUGCACAUAUUGCCGCAGUGGUGCCGCAACUGUUCGACCAGCUAUCGCCUCGCCAUGGAGACGGCCGUCUGCUGCCUGACGCUGGAUCUGCUGCUGACGAAGCUUUGGUGCCGCAUCGAGUCGCUUUGCCAUUGCGCCAUUGUGGGCGUACUGCAGCUCAUGGUCAGCGAGGAGCGCACAUUUCGCGCCUGCGAGUAUUGGCUGCUGGGUGCGAGCACCUCGCUCAUUGGCGCCUGCCUGCUCUGGUUUAUGCUCUGGGCCACGGCGCUGCCCAGCAAGCUGCAGCUGCUCUUGGCCAAUUUGCAGCUGAGUGUGAAGCGCUGCUUUAGCCGCAGCCUGCGUCAGCUGGUCUUUGGCUCAUCGGCAGCGCAGCUGGAAGUGGUCGCCGAGAAGAGUCAGAUAAGCAUCGCCAGCUGAGCGCUCGAGCAGUUCACUGAGCAGUCCCAAAUUGUCCUAAAAUUCGCAGUACGACUUAAAUUAUAAAUGUAAGCGUCUAGUUUUGAUUUUUUAUUACAAAACAGGCAGCAAUACUUAAGCUUUGUUUCAAAGUCUGUCCCAA